AUGUCUGGAUAAAGGAAUACUGAGUUAAGCAUGAGUAGAGAAUCUGUUCGGAUAAAAACUGAGAAAUUUACCUUCAGUAAAUUUGGAUUGAUCUCAAUCGAAGCAAAUGAAAUAAAGUAAAUUGAUUAGCCUCUUCAUGAUAGCUAUAAUAACCUUCUCUUAAAAUCGCUUUAAAAAAGUUACUAAAGGUAUUCUAUGAGUGGAGGUGAUAUGGGUAUAACAGGGGAUUAUGCAAUCGAUUACGAUCAACUUCAGAGAAAAAUAAAUUUCUCAGUCUUUUAUGAAUUGAAUAAGAAUAAAGGGAGAGCAAUAACUGAAUAUCAAAAGAAUAGUUCUUAGCAAAUUUAAUUUUAACAAUCAGUGAAAGAUAGCAAUAGAAGUUCUGCUCAUACAUCUAUCAAUCUUUAAAAGCAUAUCUAAAUAUAAUAGAUUGAAAGUUUUUCCAAAGAUUAAAGUUCUCCUGUAGAUUCUGAUUCUUCUGACGAUCUUUACUUUAAUGACAGGAUGGAUGGAAUUUCUGAUAAUUUACCAAAUAGAAAUAGAAUUCCGAAUGGAUCACCUAAUCCCCACUUCAAAAAAUAAAUACCCAUCAAAGAUAUAUCACCAGAAUAGGUCAGACACCAAAGUACAUUUGUCCAUGGCAGUACAGCUCACAAUACAGUUAACAACACAAGAUUUUCAUCAAUUAUAAGUGAAGGAAUUCAUCCAGAUUAGAGAGAAACAGUCAAAUUGAAGGCAUCUCCCUUUAAUAUGUCAAAGAAUAACUAUAGACCUCCACUAAGAGAAACUCAUUAAGUAGACUUAUAAAAAUCUGUAAUGGGAGUCACAUUCAGUGAGAUUAGAAAAUCUAGCUUGAGAAAAAGCAUUCUGAUGAAUGGAAAUUCCUUGCCACUCUAAAUUCAGUAAAUGCCAACUAAGAUCGACGUUCGUAUAUUCGAGGAAUUUUUUAUAAUUGGGAUUGAUAAAGAGAAAGUAACUCCUUAAUAAUUAUAGCAAGAAACGCCUCUUGAACCUUAAAAUCUGUACAUGUUUAAUUAAGAGGUAAAUAAAACAUUAUGCUAGAGAAGAAUGGUAGUCAAGGACUUUUGCUUCCCCAAUGGAAUUUAGAUCGCAAAAUUAAUUGAUAAUGGAAGAGCAGAGAAAAUUCUUUACACCCAAUCAAGCAUCCGAGAAAAUUGCUUCGUCUUUACCCUUUAGUCUUAAGAUAUGGACAAUUAUGAUCCAUUGAUAAAAGAAGAUCAUUUCUACUGCAUGUGUUUAAUAUUUGAGGAUAUCGUAGAAGGAGCGCCUCAUUAGUAUUACACUGCUUAAAAAGCAUAUUGCAUUAUGAGUUAAUUUAGGUUUUUUGACUUACAUUUAUCUGUCCUAAACACUAUCACCAACUUAUAUAAAAAUGAAAGAUUCGCUCAAUUAAAUAAGAUGACUUCCAAUAAGAUAUUAAAUCACUUACAGAAUGAAAUUCAGAUUUUGAUUAAGUUUCCACUUGUAUUGCCAGAAUUAAUAGAGUUUCUCAACACCUAUUAUGAAACUGAUCCAAUGAAAGAAGAAAUAAGGCUUCUUAAUAAAACAAUUGGGUAUUCAAUAACUUAUAAGAUACCAUAGAGCUUAAAAAUUCAAUAGUAAUCAGAUAUCAUUUGGUACGCAUCGAUGUUUUUAUCAGCAUUAAAUGCUUAGCAGUUUAUUGAAAUACUAUGUGCGAUGAUGCUUGAAAAAUCAGUGAUUUUUGUUUCUGAUAACCUACCUCUUUUAUCAUCAGCAGUUUUAGGCAUGCAAUGCUUCUUGAAUCCUUUUAAAUGGUGUCAUGUGUGCAUUCCUAUACUUCCAAAGUCUCUGCUAGAUAUGAUUGAAGCCCCUAUGCCAUAUAUUUUGGGAUUAUUGAGGAGUCAUGUUAAAUAUGUGCCAAGUAUGAAUGAAGAUGGAAGCUAUAAUCUAGGUUAAUAUGAUUGUGAUUUGUUCUAAGAGAGACUUGUAGUAAUGAUAGAUGAUGAUAAUAAAUCUGUAGCUUUAUGUUAAGAUAAGCUAGAUCUUCCUAAGCCUGAUUUUAAAGAAUUAGAGGAGAAGAUGUUAGAACCUUUUUCUAUUUUAAAUAAUUCAGUCAACUAUAUAUUCAAUCCCAAUGAAAGAUAGAAAAAAGCCUUAAAAGACAUUCAAGAUUACGUACUAAUAGCUUUAAAAGAUCAUAUAGCAGACAAUUUACCAUAGAAAGUGCUUUAAAAAUAGUAAAAGUAAAAUGAUCCAAAGCAUUUAGCAACCUUAAUUCUGAAAAAUAGUAGGCCAAAAGAUGUAAGAUUUAUGGAGUAGUUUGUCAAUAGCCAGAUGCUUAUACAUUAUCUCGAGCAAUAAUAUUGUGUUUGA